GCGCAGGUUGCGGAACACGUAGGCGCCAUUCUGCUUCCUGAUUGGGCCCUUCGGCUGCCUGUUCCGCGGAGAUCCGCGGAGGUGGAGACGCCCCGGGGGCGCUUUGUUUUUCUACGCCGCAAAACCGGACGCCGGGCGCCUAGUUGAGAUGAAACCGGCGACGCAGGGUUACUGGCGGCGGCGUGAACCCUAGAGCUUUACUCGCUGGAAAAGACGAUGAGUAAGUGACAGUCAGAAAAGAAAAAUUACAAGGCUUCGCUGCGUUAGGACGAAGUGAGAGUGACGUGUGGAGGGAGAGCGAUCGGACGAGUAAGAGAGCAGCCCCGACUCCACCAUCUUCUCCAGAUAGACAGGAAACCCGAGCGGGGGAGGACGGCGCUGCGCGGCAGCCUGUGAUGCGCUUCGGCCCGCGGCUUUUUCUUACGCUCUGUCUUUUUCGAAUUUUUAAAAAAAAGACACAUAACGGACCAUUGGAUCAUAUUUGGUGCUUUUAAUGCGGCAUGAAAACAGACAGCCUUACGAAUCCGGAAUGGAGAUCGACGUCGAGGAGAUUCCGGAGUGACCCACCUACAGAGCUGGUCGCUUGAAUAAUCGUAACACUGUAUCACUAUAAGAGCGACCUGGUAACAUUGUAACGCCGUAAGGCGGACAUCGGAGCUCCGGAGGUGUGGGCCGCCGCGGGACGGCUGGGGGACGGCGGACCCAUCGGCGUCCAUUGUUCAAAAGCUUGGCCGGUCCUCGUCCAGCUUGUCUUGAUUUCCGCAAACUCGACGCCGAAUUUUCGGCGCAUUGUGCAAUAAUUGACAUUUUAAAGCGGACCAUGAGUCGUGAUCGUCGCUAAUCGAGACAGCUGUGUGCAGUUUGAAACCCAGAUAGGUCCACCGGCGCAGAGCCUGGCGUGUGGAUAGGGCUCCGACUCCAGCCUCCUCAUCAGGAAAGUACAAGUAUUAUCUUCCCACCCGGUUCAAUGGAUCUUAAGACGGCGGUAUUUAACGCGGCCAGGGACGGCAAGCUGCGCCUGCUGCAGAAGCUCCUGGAUAACAAAGCAGGACCCGAACUCGGCAAGCUGAUGGCGGAGAAGACGAACGGCGCUACUCCGCUGCUGAUCGCCGCCAGAAACGGGCACCUGGACCUGGUCGAGUACCUCCUCGAGUGCUGCCUGGCCCCCGUUGAAAUCGGGGGCUCCGUCAAUUUCGACGGGGAGACAAUCGAGGGUGCCCCGCCGCUGUGGGCCGCCUCGGCCGCCGGCCAUCUGAAGGUGGUGCAGUCCCUGCUGGGGCACGGCGCGGCCGUCAACAGCACCACACUGACCAACUCCACCCCGCUGCGGGCCGCCUGCUUCGACGGCCACCUCGACAUCGUCAAGUACCUGGUGGAGCACAAGGCCGACCUGGAGGUGGCGAACCGACACGGCCACACUUGCCUGAUGAUCUCUUGUUACAAAGGACACAAAGAGAUCGCCCAGUACCUGCUAGAAAAGGGGGCCGAUGUGAACAGAAAAAGUGUCAAGGGUAACACAGCGCUGCACGACUGCGCCGAAUCGGGGAGCCUGGAGAUAAUGAAGAUGCUGCUGAAAUAUGGAGCCAAGAUGGAGCGAGACGGCUACGGCAUGACGCCGCUGCUGUCGGCCAGCGUCACGGGGCACACCAACAUCGUGGACUUCCUGACGCAGCACCAGAACACCAGCCAGGUGGAGAAGAUCAAUGCCCUGGAGCUGCUUGGGGCCACAUUUGUGGACAAGAAGCGGGACCUUCUCGGUGCGCUGAAAUACUGGAAGCGGGCCAUGGACCUGCGGUACCAGGACGGCAGCGACGUCAUCCACAAGGAGGAGCCCAAGCAGCUGGUGAUGGCCUACGAUUACUCCAAGGAGGUAAGCAGCAUGGAGGAGCUGGACAGCCUCAUCUCUGAUCCCGACCAGAUGAGGAUGCAGGCCCUGCUUAUCCGUGAGCGCAUCCUGGGCCCCUCGCACCCCGACACCUCCUACUACAUCCGUUACCGUGGCGCUGUCUACGCCGACUCGGGAAACUUCGAGCGUUGCAUCAACCUGUGGAAGUAUGCGCUGGACAUGCAGCAGAGCAACCUGGACCCGCUGAGCCCCAUGACGGCCAGCAGUCUGCUCUCCUUCGCCGAACUGUUCUCCUUCAUGCUGCAGGACCGUGCCAAGGGCUUGCUGGGCACUGCCGUAUCCUUCCACGACCUCAUGGGCGUCCUGAGCAAAAGCGUGCUGGAGAUCGAGCGGGCCAUGAAGCAGACGCAGCCUCCAGCAGACCCGGCGCAGCUCAGCAAGGCGCUCUCCAUCAUCCUGCAUCUCGUCUGCCUCCUGGAGAAGGUGCCCUGCACUGUGGAGCAGGACCACUUCAAGAAGGAGACCAUCUACAGGUUCCUCAAGCUGCAGCCAUGUGGAAAGAACGGCUACAGUCCCCUGCACCUGGCCGUGGACCGAAACACGACCUGCGUGGGCCGUUACCCCGUCUGCAAGUUCCCGUCUUUCCAGGUGACCUCCAUCUUGGUGGAAUGUGGCGCUGACGUGAACUGCCGCGACCAGGACAACAACAGCCCGUUGCACGUGGCCGCUUCCAACAACCACCCGGACAUCAUGAACCUGCUCAUCUCCUGCGGUUCGCACUUCGACAGCACCAACUCCUUCAACCAGACGGCGUGCGAUCUGCUGGAUGAGAAGGAGAUGGCCAGGAACCUGAUCCAGCCAAUCAACCACACCACCCUGCAGUGCCUGGCCGCCCGCGUCAUCGUCCGGCACGGCCUCCGUUACCACGGCAACAUCCCCAUCAAACUGGAGGCCUUUGUCCAGCUGCAUAGAUAAUGACUGCUGGGCACCGGGGUGACUGCCCCCGGAUCCUGUCCCCGUCGCCCCCCCUGGGAGGCGUGAUUUUCAUUUUGGAAUGUAGAACAUGGACCCCUAUGGGAGCUUGAUUGCAUGGGUGUUCUGUACUCUGGACGUGCACCAUGUUUUAUACCAAGCGUGCUUUUUUUGAUUUUCAUUGUUUUCUCCUCUGCUUGACAUUAGGACUUGUGUGUAUUUCAUGUUAUUUAUGAAGAGGCGUCACCCCUUAGCCCCGCCUUGCUUUCUCUUUCUAUGCAAUCGUAGCAGGAUGCAUCCGCCCCCUCACGUAGACCCCGCCCCUUCAUGUAGACCCCGCCCCCUUAUUUGGCUUUUUUUUUUUCCCCACAUCUUCACUCUGUGUCUGAUAUCUGCUCCCCCCCAGAAAGAUUAUGCUAGCCCCCGGGGGCCGAGGGGAUGGGGCGGAUGAUGGUAGGAUGGAGGAAAGCUUUACGGAGCGGCCGUAUCUCGCCAAGUGCUUUGUUCCCGUUGCACAGGUUCUAAUAUGCAAAUAUUGUGUGUCGGCACGAGUCCAUGCGAUACUUUGCAUAUGUAUUUAUAUACGUUUUUAGGUUUCUUACGGCUUCUCCGGGUCGGUCUGAGCUCCCCUUGCCGUUUCACACUACGUCCAGACCACAAGGGCUGUAAGGGACCGGCUGGCUCGUCCGUGUACCUAAGACGGGAAUUUGUGGCCGAGCUUCAAGCAAAACAAGCCAAAUAUCAGUCCGGCACUUUAGUACGGACACGUGUCUGUGCCCCCCCCCCUCCCGCCCGCUCUUGCCGUCUUCAGCCUGUUUGACACACAGUUUUAGUAAGUAAAAUCACUUCAGUUUAGCUGCACGCUAAAACUGAGGGUUUAAAUGAAUUUUUAAAGCAUCCCCAGGUGACUCUGGCCACAGGAUUUGCUGAUGCACUAACUGAGCUUUCUGGAAGCUUCUCAUAUCUAAGCUUUGUGUUGACGCAUAAAGGGCUUUUCAUUACGGUCUCUUUUUUCCCGAAUGAAUCUACCGUUCCGAUGUAUCAUCAGGUGACCGACUCUAACCCUGCACUUUAUUACGGCAGAGUGUAAUAUUUCAUAAGGCAUAAAACCUGUUAAUGUCUUAAGAACAAAUCUGAAAAUAAACCCCAGUUGAACUUGU